ACCGAAAACAUAAACAUUGUACAUUACGUUUCAUUUAUAGGACGCGAGCUUAAGGGAAACAUACAUUUUGUUCAAAUUGUGUACUUUUGACCAAAUAASUAAAGAAAAUGACUGAAUCUCAAGACGUAUCAACACCCAGUGAUUGUACAACCUUUUUAGAAUUUGCCGAUGUCUUGAAUAUUCCUUUAAAUCAAGGAUAUCUGAAUCGCAUAAGCGAGCAGAUCAAAAACGAAACUCAGUUUGGUCUCAACGCUCUGGACGUAGGAGUUAAAGAUUGUAAAACCCAUGAAAAAUUCAACGAAAGAAGAAUACAGAAUGCUCUUUGGCGAGCUUGGUGGCGACAGAGAUCUACUCGCUUUAAUUCUAGACAAAAAAUACAUCCUCGUGAACUUGMAGAACAACAACUCGAAUCAGUCGGUGAAGAGAUAAACCUUCUUUGGGGCAGCGUUAUAGGUGAUAUUCCUACCGAAUACUCCAUUCCAGAUGAUCUUGAAGCUCAUGAACUCCCAGUCAUCGGCACAUACGUAGAUCCCUAUAUCAUUCCUGGAUUUUCGUACAGAGUUCGUUUCUGUGGGACCAAACAACAGAAGGAUUACUUGUUUGAUGGGAAAGCUUUGAGACUAGACCGCAUUGGUGCUGGUUACGGCAAGAGGCUUACUUUUGAAGAUCAAGAUAUUCUGGACAGUGAGAAUUUCUUCUGGUCUGAUAGUAACCCCGAAGGAGGAUUUGCUUUCUCGAUAAACGUCCUCAGCGAGGGUCAAAGAUUCAAGGUAUUUGACCGCCUCAACCAAGAAGUCGGAGAGGUCAUAGUUAUYGAGGGAGAUUCACGAUCCAAAGCUUUGACUUCGAGAAUUGACCACACAGGAAUCAACCUUGAAGUGCGUGUGAAUCUUAGAGGCAAUAUGGCCUUUCUGUCAUCAGAUGGUGUUCCCGAGGCUCUCCGUGGUAAAAACAGUGAAAUAUUUGUAACAGGAAAAGCGAACAUGAUCAAAGCACCUCAAAGCAAGAGUGCUGUGAUGGAUGAAAUCACUGAAGUUACAAUCUCAGGAGUGGGGGCUUGUAUACUACGUCAGGCAUGAUUUAAUAGUACUAAAAAUAAAUAUAUAAUAAAUAUCUAUACAUCAGGCAUCGCCUWGGUGUAUUUUCAAUGUGUGAAGUAAAAUAGUGAUGAUAUGCUUUCUCUCAGCAGUACCAUGGAAUAUCCCACUAGUCACCUGUAUUUUCUUGUAGUGGCUUGUCUGAUACCUUCUUCGUUAUGCCUUGUGGAAUAUUUCAUGGUAUAACCAAUCAAAACCAGUGUAUAGCUAGUAUGAUUGAAAUGUAUUUAUACAUAUUAUAUUAUAUAUGCUAUACAUUUUUUAUUUUGUGAAUAUUUAAAUAUUAUCUCAUAAAUCGUUGUAAUUUUAUUUGCAUCAUUUUCCAAAAAUGAAGCCUUUAUCCUGACUACAGUGCAUUUCACAUUACUUUACCGCGGCGGGUUGGGAAGUUUGUUCGCAAGUUCCCAAGUCGGCAACGAACUUUGGAACUUCAAGUGAACAAAGUUCAGUGAACCGUGAACUGUUUACAUCUAUAUUUCAAAAGUUAGCUGAAAUUGUAUCUUAAAAAACCUCAAAUGUUCCAAAACUCAUAUCAAAACAGGUUAACAAGAUAAAUACCUUGUAUUGUGAUAAAAUCCAACUUGGAAAUUAAGUUUGAAAAGCAUUUCCGACAAGUUUCUGAAUUCAAGAUGUUAUGAAUUUCAAAGAGUACGCUGGAAUUUCAUUUUGAAGUUCCAAAGUUCCUUGCCAACUUGGGAACAUCCGAACGAACUUCCCAACCCGCCACGGUAAAGUAAUGUGAAAUGCACUGUAAAUAUAAUCUUGAGUUGUAAUUACAAAAUGUACAAAUAUGGAAGAUAUUAAAAGAUCAUUUUAACAACUGA